UUGGACAUAUCCCAGAUUACUUCAGCAGGCCGCUGAGGUUGGGGAUUAAACAGUAUCAUGGAUGUACUCGCUUUAGAGGCAAAGAGUGUGAAUGGAGCAGAUUCUGAGAAGAAGUCUUCAUCGAGGCCAAAACCAAAACCUCCCAAAAAGGCCAAAAGGAUUGUUUACUUUGAGGUGGAGAUCGUGGACUUAAAGACUAAAGAGAAACUGCUGCUGCUGGAUAAGGUGGAACCAACGGCCACUGUUUUGGAUAUCAAAGCUUUAUUUCAGAAAUCAUAUCCAAAGUGGUAUCCAGCCAGACAAUCCCUGCGUUUGGAUCCAAAGGCAAAGUGUCUCAAGGAUGAAGAAAUUCUGCAGACACUUCCUGUGGGGACCACAGCCAGCUUUUACUUCAGGGAUCUAGGACCCCAGCUCACGUGGGGAACGGUGUUCCUGGCAGAGUGUGUAGGCCCACUGAUCAUCUACUUAAUGUUCUACUUCCACCUUCCCUUCAUCUACUCUCCGAAAUAUGACUUCACCAGCAGCAAGCACUGGGUCGUACACUUGGCCUGCAUAUGUCACUCCUUUCACUACAUCAAGAGGAUCCUGGAGACACUGUUCGUCCAUCGCAUCUCCCACGGGACCAUGCCUCUCAAAAACAUAUUUAAGAACUGUGGCUAUUACUGGUGCACUGCAGCUUGGAUGGCGUACUACAUUAACCACCCUCUGUAUACCACACCCUAUUACGGGCAGAUGCAGGUGAACACAGGACUUUACAUUUUCUUGUUCUGUCAAGUUGGGAAUUUUUCCAUCCAUGUUGCUCUUCGUAACCUCAAACCACCAGGUUCAAAAACCAAGAAGAUUCCUUACCCAACAAAAAAUCCCUUCACGUGGAUGUUUUGGCUGGUGUCUUGUCCGAACUACACAUAUGAGGUGGGCUCCUGGAUCGGCUUCACAAUGAUGACGCAGUGUGUGCCCGUGGCUUUCUUCACUCUCGUGGCCUUCAUCCAGAUGACUGUGUGGGCCAAAGGCAAACACGGCAGCUACUCAAAGGAGUUCAGAGAUUAUCCGACCCUGCGCUCCUCCAUACUCCCCUUCAUCCUGUAGAGCCUGGUAGAGAAAACAACGUGUGACACCCACAUCCAUCCCCCUCGCUGACCAGGUCUUUCUUUAAGGGCCUAUUCCACACUGGAUGUCAGAAAGUGUGUGCUGAGGUCAACAGCAUGGAUGGAUUUUUGGUGGUAUGGUCUCCAUGUAGCAUUUGUGUUACAUGAAACUCCAUAGCAAGGAUUGUUGGACUGGUGAAUGCAGGACUGUGAAGAGGCGGAGGAAGCGAUCAGAGUUAAAUACAGCAAAGUCUUAAUGUAAUGUUGUAUGUAUAUUUUGCCACUUUUGAAAAAUACAUAUGCAACUAUUUAUUUUUGCUUUACUGUUGCAUUAGUGCCGUUUAGUUGUUUUUUUAAAUCACAUAAUUUUCAUAGCUUUUGGCAACCUGAUCAGUGGUUCCCCACAGAGCUGUGCAACCAAGAGGCUAAUCUGCAUUGUCAAGCUAGUGUGCAGCCUGGAGCUGACAACUGUGUGGCCUCAUGCAGGGCUCUACCGAUCCAAGUGACAUUUACACUACAGCCGUGAUAGUGCUUUCUGGAUUACAAAUUGUCUGCCGAGUCCUACCAAGGGUGAGGAAAAAUCUUUUCUUUUUGUCUGUACAUGGAUCAAAAGUGUAGUUAUAGAAUAGGAAAAACACACUGCAGACAGCAUACGCGCGUACAUGUCCUACAAAGAAAUACCUCUUACUUUCACAAGAUGAUUAUGGUGCAAAAAGCGAAAAAGAACAAGUGUCAGUGAUCAAACCAUCCGCAUAGUGUUACAUAUUUAGCACGUUUUUGUGCAUUGUCAGUGUUGAUUUUAUUUGUGUACUAAUCUGAAGAGUUGUGCAGAUACAAACACAGACUGAAACUUUGUAGAGUUGUGCUUUCCAGGGUUGGAUAAGGUUAUAGGAAAUACACAUGCAACAUUCUUUGCUAUUCCUUUUUCACUGAAUGUGCAUUUCACAGAACGCUGCAUCGACUGAACCUUUAAAUUAAAUCAGUUUUAUUUUAUUUA